GGCUGCUCGACCAGGCACGGCACCCCAGGUAACCCCACGCUGCACAUCGGCCAGCCGUCUCGGCCAGCCAUCUCCUGUUCUUGUUGUUGUUGCUACCACUGCUGCUGCCCUAUUUCCGCUCAUCCCCCCCCUCCACCCGUUUUCCUGCCACGGUUCAAAUCGGAGAUACUACAUGCCAGAUCUCUUACACGGACGGGGUUGCGUCCCAAGUCCCACACCCGUCAUCGCAGCCCGGUUAAAGGCACGCUCUCCCUAGCCGAUACCUCCAUAACUCCGGUUUACAUGUUUUUGCGCCGGGCCUCGACGGCACUACCCAGUCCCAAUUCCGCAACCAGAUUGCCCGUCCGACUGGUUGUUGCCCAAGGCCUGAGAAAGGAAAUCCCGCCCCCGGUCGUUUGUCGGAAACCGUUUCGCCUGCCAGCCAACCUGACCCUCUUUUUUUUUCCUCCGAGAAAAGCCGCUGGGCUAGAACGAAACUCUUUGGUCCUGAUCCUUGCCAGAUCGUGUCCGCACCCCCCAUCGUGGCCCAAGCAAACCGAGCGAGCCAGAACCGCUUACGCUUUGCCCUGCCCAAACGUCCAACCAUCUUCGCAGAGUCAAACAGCAGCCACGGGGAAAAGAAAAGGAACGGCAGCAGCAAGGAAAAGCCUGUGCGCCUCACGGAAAAGACCAAGAAUACUAAAGAUCCAAAGCGAAACCUCGUCCUGGCCGUCUCCGCGGGAGCCAAUUCUCCCAUCCCGCCCCUUUUACCUCUCACCCCCCGCCCCGCCCCUCGCAGCGGCGCAAGUCGGAGCGCGCUAGGCAUUGGACAGCAGCCACCAUGGCGGCGGCUCUGGCGCACUCGUCGGGCCCGAUCCCGUCGGUUGUGGGCGUGCCGUCGAGCUCGGCCGCGUCCUUUGGCGGCAGCAACGGCAUGGGAGGAGGAGGAGGAGUAGGAGGAGGAGUUUCACACGGCCUCCAUCACUUACAGCAGCAACAUCAGCUCCGCCAGCAGCAACAUAACCAAAACAACGGCAGCAGCCAGAGCGAUGCGCCCGCACAACAACAACCACAACAGCCACCGCGCAACUCCGUCGAUUCAUCACCGCAACAGCAGCCGAGGAAGCUGCAGCUCGGCGACUUUACCAGGGUCAGGACAUUAGGCACAGGCACUUUUGCGCGCGUCUGCCUCGUCAGGCCGUCCAACCCCCAGACCGACGCCGAGCGUGCGCAGGUGUUCGCCCUCAAGAUCCUGCGCAAGACCGAGGUGAUCAAGCUCAAGCAGAUCGACCACGUGCGCCACGAGCGCGCCAUCCUGGCCGAGGUGUCGGGCCACCCCUUCAUCACCAACCUGCGCGCCUCCUUCUCGGACCGCGACUUCCUGUACCUGGUGCUCGACUACGUCCCCGGCGGCGAGCUCUUUAGCUAUCUGCGCAAGUACCGCCGCUUCAACGAGCGCAUGGCCGUCUUCUACGCGGCCGAGAUCGUGCUCGUGCUCGAGUACCUGCACGAGGCCCAGGGCGGCGUCGCCUACCGCGACCUCAAGCCCGAGAACCUGCUGCUCGACGAGCAGGGCCACAUACGCCUGGUGGACUUUGGCUUCGCGAAGCGCCUGGGCGGGAGGCCGGGGAAGGCGGCAGAAGCUGCCGGCGGCACCAGCACCAGCGCCAGCAGCGGCGGCGGCGCAAACGGAACGACAAACGGCCCCGUCGAGACGUACACGCUCUGCGGGACGCCAGAGUACCUGGCCCCCGAGGUCAUACACAACAAGGGCCACACCACGGCCGUCGACUGGUGGGCCCUCGGCAUCCUGAUAUAUGAGUUCCUGACGGGCUACCCGCCGUUCUGGCACCAAAACCCCAUCGAGAUUUACAAACAGAUCGUCGAGAAGCCCGUCGUGUUCCCGCAGGACCCGCCCAUCUCGCCCGAGGCGCAGGACAUCAUCCGCCAGUUCUGCACCGUCGACCGCUCCCACCGGCUCGGCAACAUCAGCGGCGGCGCCGCACGCGUCAAGGAGCACCCCUUCUUCCGCGGCGUCGACUGGGACGCCGUCUACCGCCGCGCCCAGCCGGGGCCCAUCGUCCCGCCCGUGCGGUACCCGGGCGACGCCCAGUGCUUCGACAUAUACCCUGAGGAGGACGCGUCCAGGGACCAGUACACGGACGACAUGGUGGCGCAGUACGACCACCACUUUAGGGAUUUUUGAGGGAGCGAGGCGCCACCGCUGCGGGCUUUCUUCUUCUCUUGUACUAUUAUCAUGACCGGCCCUGUUCCUGUUUUGUUAGUGUUCACUACCAUUCACUAGGCCCUUUUAUAUAGCGGAUUACGAGAUUUUACUGUUUUUAAUUUUUUUAGGGUAGGUUUUGGCAUUGCAUGUCUCCCCCUCGCCGUCUCCCCAUUUCGCAGCCUGUUCUUUCCUCACGUGUGGCCCCCUUAUCUACUGGCUAGUCCUGGAUUCUCUCUUCUUUCUUGGGAGCACUACGCUGGCUUUUCUUUCUCGCUCCAUCUCUGGGUUACCCGCCCACUCGCUUUGAGCGACACCAGUCCAUCUGCUACUUUUUUUUUUGUGAGGCUACCUGUUUUCUGUACAUAGGCCCCAACCGCGCGCCAGUUUUCCCUACUAUUUUACGACGCCGACGAUCAACCGGACAGAGGACAGACGAGGCGACGCGACCCGAUGAGCAGGCUUUGGCGACCGAUUUUUCGCCGUUGAAGGGCUUAGAUUCCUUCCCGAUCAUAUCCGUACUAUAGAAGGUGAUGGUGGUAUGGUUUAUAGAAGCGUAUCAAAGUGGCAACGAC